UGUAGAACGCAAUAUUAACUGGAUAUGGGGAACUACAUAUGUAUUACUGUGAAAAGGAUUUUCAUCCGAAAUCUGUAUCCGAAUAGUGAAUCUCAUCCCCCUUUGUUUGGAAAACAUUCUUUGACAAGUUACCUAUGGAAUAUGCCAGAGUUUGGUAUAUAACCUUGUUGAAAAGAUAUUGAUCUCUUUGAUCAAUUUUACAAAAUGCAGUAAGGUUAUUUUAUCAGAUAAUGGCAUGUUAAAUUAUUUGAAUUAUAAUGCAUAUAAUAUCAUGUCAAGAGACAAAACAAAUUUUAAAUCUUAAGUGAGAUUAUAAAGCAACGCAACAAUUUAUUUUUGUUAAUCCUUUACUCUGCUAAUCUCUGCUCAUUCGAACACAACACUACAGUGUACAUACCCUUUAUGAUUCAUGUUUUCUGAUUUUAUGCGUUUGAAAAGAAAAGCUGAAAACUUUUUUUGUAGAUUCACUAACAUUGUGGCAAAGUGGCCGGGAUCCACACAUGACAGUGUAAUCUUUGACAACUGUAGCUUGAAGGACUGGCUGGUGGAUGGAAGCAAAGGAUGGCUACAAGGAGACUCCGGCUAUGGACUGAAACCAUAUCUUCUUACUCCAAAGCUGAAUCCAAUGAGCAGAGCUGAGAUCGCGUUCAACUUGGCCCACAGUCGUUCGAGGAUGGUAGUAGAGAGGGCGUUUGGACUGUUGAAGUCACGUUUUAGGUGUCUUCACAAAACUGGAGGCUAUCCACAAUUUUCGCCUCAGAAGAUAGCUCUGGUUGUGACUGUAUGUGCCAAGCUGCACAAUCUGUGUCUGAGUGAUGGUUUCCUUGACAUUGAUGACAUUGACGUAGAAGAUGAUGAUGACAAUGUACAACUGCCACUGGAAAACCCUGACCUGAAUGCGUUGCGUGCACGGGCCUUACUGAUUGAGAGAUUUCACUAAAAAGGGAUUCUAUAUUAAUUUAAUAUAGAAUACCUUUUUCAGGGAAAUCGCUCAAUCAGUAAUGAAUUGAUUCUCAAUAGCAUACUGAACUGUUUAAUGUAUUGUUUUGUUCAUUUCACUACUAGAGUAUUGUUUUAUUACUAUGUGAUACUAGGUGAUAUUUAGUGUUAAAAUAUAAGAAGUAGUUCUAACAAUGACACAAUAUUUUUUGAUAGUUGUUAAAAAUUGCAGAGAAUUGUAAUAACCUUAUUAAUUUCACACCAUAUUUAGUACAUUUCAUUUAUAGCAAUUUGCUGCUAAAAUUGUCAUUUGAUUUAUAAUAUUUUCCAUUUAUUGUACUUCACUAGGUGAUUUUUUUCCAAACAAAACUUUUAAUUGUAUCAAAAACAAACAUCAUGAAUAAAUGUUUAAAGCCACACACCUUGAAAUGAAGUACAUGUUAAUAAAUACAUAUAGAUGCAAUUUCAAAAUGUGCAAAAUUGUCAUAAAAUCUCUAGCCUUGUUAGCAAGUUAUUUAUUGUUUUUUUUAAUUUAAAAACCAAAAGUAGGAUUUCUAUACAUAUACAUACAUUUCGACAAACGCAAUUAUUUUUAAGUUUUAAAGCGCAAAAGAGACAGAUGUCUACCUUGUAACCACCAGAUAUAUUCUUAUUGGCAUAGAUCAAAUAUGUUUCUCUUUUAUCCUUAAACUUACUAUGCCAUGUAUUUCAUUUCAAGGUGUGUGGCUUUAAACAAUGAUUAUUUAUUGUUCAUUAAGCGGAAAUGAAAACAGUUUUGCAAGAAGUUCUCUGGUUCUUCUUUGCUCUAAUAAAAUUGCAUCGAGUGUCUCA